AACGCUGCGACGGUGAGUCGGCUCCGAACAUGGCUUCCAGGUUGGAGAUAAAUUUCAUCCGGCUGUUGUCCCGCUGUGAAUCCAUCGCCUCGGAGAAGCGAGGGGAGGAGGAAUGGAGGCUGGAGAAGUAUGUCGGCGCUCUGGAGGAGAUGAUGGUGGCUCUGAGGAAAAGCCAGAGCAGCAAACCCACAGGAGAAGUCCUGACUGAUUACUCCAGGAAGGUCGACUUCUUGAAAGGACUCCUGGAGGCUGAGAAACUGUCUUCACCGACUGAAAAAGCAUUAGCCAAUCAGUUCCUGGCUCCCGGGCGGACGCCCACGAUAGCCAAUGAGAGGAUGCCUGCCACUAAAACGGUCCACAUGCAGACGAAGGCGCGGUGUACGGGAGAGAUGAGGAACGAGCUGCUCGGCACGGUUUCAUCAGGCAAUGGAACAUCUGAGACAGAUUUAAGAAACAGAAGGGGUGUUCCUCUGGAUGAGCGCCAGUCGGCUGCAGAGCUGGACGCCGUCCUGCAGCAUCACCACAACCUGCAGGAGAAACUGGCCGAGGACAUGCUCAACCUGGCCCGGAAUCUGAAGAACAACACCAUGGCUGCACAGAACAUCAUCAAGCAGGACAACCAGACUCUGAGUCAGUCCAUGCGCCAGGCAGACCUCAACUUUGAGAAGCUGAAGACGGAGUCGGAGCGACUUGAGCAGCACACCAAGAAGUCUGUGAACUGGCUGCUGUGGCUGAUGCUCGUCCUGGUCUCCUUCACCUUCAUCAGCAUGAUCCUCUUCAUCAGAAUCUUCCCCCGACUCAGAUGAUGGCCGCAGACGGUCCUGAACUCUUUUUAGUCCGGCGCUCUCCCGUGUUGUUACAACAUGGGUCCCUGUAGAUCUCCACCUCCUCUAGUGUCUGUACGUGUGAUUCAGAUCAGGCUGAAGGACUGAAAAGUUUGCACCUUUUUUAGAAACUGAAACUCUUCCUCUAAACAGGCGGAUGAGAGAAAGCUGUAGAUGCAGAAACUGGUUUGGAGCGUCAGUAUUCAUUUAAAAAAAACAGGACAGAACAUGAAUCGAGGCAACGAGACACUCGCACCACAAACCCAAUACCCAGACAGCCGAGACUGAGCCUUAAUUCAUUUAGUCCCUCGUCAGCUCGGCCUCCCGCUCGUCUCCGCCUGCACCCCCCACCUGGUGGGACUGAAGUCACUCAUCGUCUGUCAAACAUAUUUCCCAUAAAACGUGUGUAGCACAUUGUAUAUUAUAGAGUUUACGAACCGUCCACCAUCAAGUGCAUGUCAGCCUGGAUACCAACAGUUUAACAACCUGAUUUCGGACCUGUAACACUAACACACUUUACUCUAACUCCAAUGUUGUGUUUAUUAAUUGUUAAUAUCCGUGUCUAAUGAAAGGUUUAUCACACAGUGUGAGCAGAUACAGACACUUGAAGCGUGCGUUAAGAUCUAUUUUGCACUAUUACAACUCAAUGAUAUUGUCAUUGUCAAUACAUCAGCCUCCAUGUGUGGGGGACUUACAGUUGAAUAAACAAACAUUUAUAAAAUGUA